GUAACCUUAAAGUUUAAUAAACCUUCGUUUACUUGUCUGAUUUUGGCAAAUUGGUUCAUUUUGCUUCAAUUGGUUGUAAUUGUCUUAAAGGUCUUUUAUAUCGACGGUUAAGUGAAAUUGUCUGAAUCAGCAGAACGUAAUGGGUCGACCAAAAGUGAAUGCUGUCCACGGCUAUUUUGUUUAUGACAGAAUCGCGAGAACGUCCAACUGCUCAAUUUGUAAAAUAGAUGUGAAAGGCAACCAUGUGACAAACCUGCUAUCCCACCUCUCGAAAUAUCACGGAAAUAAAUAUACUACUGUUAUGAUGAAAAAUGAGCAAUACAAACGUGAGUCUUCCCAAGAUACGUCCUCCUGUUUUGAUGAUCCAUCAGAUGCAAGCCCCAGGAAAUGCGUACGUGAAGAGCGAGUCGUACACGAAUGUGUGGAUCUUGUCACUGUGCACGGACGACCUUUUGCUCUGAUGGAUGAUAUAGCAUUCAAGAACAUUAUUAAGAUGAUACCUCCAGGUUCUGGCACAAACAAAAUUAUUAUCGUCAAUGCCGUAAAAAUAAAAAAAGCUGUCACUGAGCGGACACGAUCCAUUCGUGAUAUAAUUGCCAAAGAAGUUGAAAGUAAAUUAGUAAGCUUAAAAGUUGAUUGCGCUUAUACAUGCAUGGACCGCUCCUUUUUAGAUGUAAAUUUACAGUACAUAUACAACAAGAAAAUAGUGUUAAAAACUCUUGCCGUUGUGGAAAUGACAGAACGUCAUACAGCGGAAGCUCUUAAAUUAGAAAUAUUGAGCAUAUUGAAUAUGUAUGGCAUAUCUAUCCAUCAACUUUACACCAUAACAACAGAUAACGCGUCCAAUAUGCAAAAAAUGAUAAAAUUGUUGGGUAGCCAGCAGUUCGUAGAUAUUAUUCAAGAGGAGGAUGUUACAGAACAUUCUGAUGAAGACGAUGCGGACGCACACAUGAUAACAUGGAAUGAAUCAGAUGAUUUUUCUGAUAUAGUUUUGUCAGAACCGUAUGAAUUUUCCGCUGAUGCGGAAGGUUCUUCUGACACAGAAAUGAAUGUGAGAAACUACGCUGGUCAUCCCGUAGUAAUAAGUUCUCCUGAUUGCGCUCUGGGAGAAACAAUUGAGAAUGCACGUAAAUUAGUGAAAAAAUUACAAACGCCGACAUUAAAAGGGAUGCUAAAAGCAAUGAAGCGACGUAAACCAAUAAUUGAUUGCGUGACUCGGUGGAACUCAACAGUUGAUAUGUUGGAGCGGUUACUGGAGCCCCGUGAUAUCUGCGAGGCCAAUGAAGAGCUUCAUAUGCCACAAGUAGCAUGGACAAAGAUUAAAAGUAUUGUCCAAACUCUUACGCCAUGCAGAAUAGCCACUAAAAACCUACAAAGAGAGCAUUUUGGAGCUUUGGGAAAACAAAAAAUUGACGAUGCCAGAACUGUAUGA